UUGCUGUACUGUUUAAUCUUUUUGUGUGUUUGCAGCUGCUGCCACGUCAUUUGCCGUACCAGGACGGGCCUCGGGAGUGAAAACAGGGUUCAUGAAUUGAUUUCCUCAGCGAUGAGGUUGUGCCUUCUGCAGUCGCUCCUCCACCGACACCUAGAACAGCCCCUCAUACAUCUGAGACACCACACAUUGUGCCUUCUGCAGUUGUUCCUCCACAGACACCCAGACCAGCCCCUCGUACACCUGACACACCACACACUGUUGCCUCUGCUUUUGUUACUCCGCCGCCACGACCAGACCAGGAUAUCAGCAGUUGGACCUGUUCUUAUCCCCAGAAAGUGUGGAUGAGGACAGAGCUCAAAUCCCUAAGACUGUGGCCUGGGUCCCACCAUAUGCUCAAGCCAGGAAAUGCUCUUUCAUUAUGGCGUCUCCCUCCACAGCCAGAGCUCAUUGACACUGUGUCGGUGCUCCCAUCCCGCAAUUUCUUUCAGCUACAUCCUUUUUUUAUUUGGAAACCAGAGAGUGACAUCAUGGUGAGAUUGAGAAACAAUUACAUACUCCCGUGUCUUCAUGGCUGUCCAAAGCCAGAUGUAGUCUCGGCUGGUGUGGGUAGGCCUCGAGUGAUUGUUGGUACCAGUGGACAGUACUACGUCUUUGCUUCACGCCUUCGGUGCAGGACGUGCAAGAGAAUCUGGUUUGCUGAUAGUCCUCGGUGGCUGGAUAUACUACCGAAGCGCUUCACAAACAUUCUGCCAGCAUUCUUGACCUACAAAAAGGCCAUUUGUAAGUCUGUGCUCCAUGAGCUGAGGCGCAGUGGCAAGUCACCCUCAGACAUGGCAAACCAGGUGAAUGAGCUGAUGCACCUGAAAUAUGAACAGUCUCACCUGGCAUACCUGCACAGCAUACAGAACGUCUGGGAUGCUGAGGCUGGGGUUUACGGGCAGAAGACUCUUGGUCAGCUUGUGCAAAAGGAUGACACGCCACAGCCUUUUGGAGCAUAUGAUGAAGUAGAUGGGUGGUGUGGAGUCUCUGUCUCAGCGCACUACCUGACUGACUGUCUCAUCAACGAGUACCGGCACCAAGAGCCAGCCAUCAUCAAGCUCUUGCAGGGCACUUUUGGACAGGUCUUGCGGUCUGACCACACCAGGAAGGUGGCACGAAAAGUGACCUUGUCAUCUGACACCAUGUCAAGUUACGCGGUCAUGAAUGAGAACUGGAUGGUUGCCUCCUGGGUGAUGGUGCAGUCUGAGAUGGAGAAGUCCCUCGAACCCAUGUACCAGGGGUUAGCCAGGAGGUACAACAAUGCAGGGGUGGAGAAGGCCAAUUAUCACUGGGUAGACAGAGUUUGUUGCGCGGCUUUCAGAAUCCCAGACCUUCACCACGGGGAGCACUUCAACUGGGAUGCCUGGAGGACCACACCAUCAAUUGUCACUGAGGCCACUGCUGGGACCCUGGAAAAUGCCUGUGCAUCCCGCACACAUUACAACUCCAACAUUGUGGUCAAGUUGGAUUUGUUCCACAGCAUGAGGCGUUUCACACGGGAGUGCACCUCAGAGCAUCAUCCCCUUUUCAGCACCUUCUGCCAGCUCCUCUCUGCUGCCUUUUCUGUUGUGGAUCAGGAGGACCUGCAGAAGCUCAAGGAUGCCUACCAGUUCUGUGGAAUUCAGCCACCAACUCCCACAAAGCUGCACAUCAGAGAGCACUGUAGGAUCAGAAUUCCACAGUCAACAGAAUUGGUCGACAGAGUGGAGAAGGUUCUUCAGCAUUUUCACCUGACCACAGACCCCAAUAACGUCCCUCUCUACAAACCAUCAACGCUGAAGACGUGGCGGAUCCAGAGGGUGCACAUUCUCCGUGGGUGCCUCAGUGACCCUGUGGUGACAGAGGGAAUCAUGUACAGAUAUGGGGGAACUCCGCAGCUUAACCAUGUCCCUGGUGAAGGUGCAAAAGUCCCCAUCUGGAUUCCAGUAAGAGGAACCUCACAGCAGGAGGGGUAUCAUUUCCACCAGUCCCAGUGGAUUACUGGAACUCAUGUGUCCUGUGAAUUGUUCCAGGCCCAGGGCAUGACGGGGGUGGCCCGAUGGAACUACAAAAGGCUUCUGGACCUUAAGCGGCCAGAUGUAAUCCUCCCACCUGUGUUUGAUCCAUUACUGAUCACUGAGCUAAACUCUGCUUCAAAGAGAGUGACUGGCAAGGACAAGUACCCUAUACUUCACCUCUCCGAGAGGGACACCGAGGAGAGGUUUGGCCUUGAAUACGUAGAACCAGAGUGUCGUCCAGUUCCACUUGACUGGAACAAACACAGGUCGCAAAAGAAAGAGGAGUCUUCCAUUCCCGUGCCUCUCCCCCCUGGUCCAACACCAUCGACAAACACAGCCCCACCCAAUGCUGUGCCCAUGCCCCAGCCACCCCAAGUUACACAGUUACCAAGUCCUGUCUGUGUACAGCCAGGACAUAUUGACAAGGCUGGAUGACAUCAAGGCCAAGCUGACAUCCACGCUUGGCACCAUCUUAAAGAUGGAUUCAACCAAGAAGAUCACUAAGAAGCUUGCCGGGACAGCCAAGGGGACAGCACUCUGGCUCACCUCCGUGGGCAAUGAGUAUGGGCAGAUACUCAUGAGUGUGCUGACCGCUCAGGAGGGAGCUGGACUGGACCCGAUGGCAGCUGACCUGGUGAGGAGGUACCAGCAGGCCGGCGUGGAUCCCCCUGUUGCCCUUUAUGUGGACUGUGGCUGUUGUGCUGCUGCGGCUGAGGAGACCAAGCUGAAGGCCAGAUUCAGCGGGUGGCCAGACCUUACCAUCGUAAGGCUGGAUAUCUGGCACUUCAUGCGCCGGCUGGCCCUGGGAUGCACAACAGAUGCACAUCAGCUGUACCCACUCUUUAUGUCUCUCCUGUCAGCUUGCAUUUUUGAGUGGGAUGCAGCUGACUUAGCUCUGUUGCGUGAAGCAAAAUCCCAG